AUAAAUAAACAAUAAUUUAACAAUAAAUAUGUAUGAAGAUUCGAUUUCUAUUUAAUAAAAUAUCCAGUUAUUAUAGAAAUACACAAUGACCACUAGAUUAAUGUCAAUUCUUGCAGAUCAGCUAGUCAGUCACCCUGUGAUUAAGAAAGAUACGAUAAAAAGAUUAACAAACUUUCACUUAACUUAUAAACACACAGAACACAUCUAUGUGGUGAACUUAUUUCCAAGUGAUAGUACAGUAAUUUCCGAGCAAGCAAAGAAGGAAAGGGAAUCGGAAUCAUUAUUAUUUGAAGUUGACAGAAACCUUGUUAUAAAAACUGUGCUUGAUGGUAUCAAACAAAAAGAGAAUGUAGUACCAGAAAAUCCAAAAAGGAUUGUGAUCGAUUACAGUUCACCAAAUGUAGCAAAACCUUUCCACGUCGGUCAUUUAAGAUCUACUAUAAUCGGUAAUUUUAUUGCAAAUAUAAACACGCAUUUCCAUAAUAAAGUAUUUAAAUUAAAUUACUUAGGUGAUUGGGGGACGCAGUUUGGGUUAUUGCAAUAUGGGCUCAAAGCUAGAAAUAUUACUGUAGAUCAAUUAAAAAAUAACUCUUUUAGCACUUUAUACAAUGUGUAUGUUGAAGCAAAUAAAUUAGCAGCUACUGAUGAAAAAGUACAAAGCGAGGCUAAAAAAUAUUUCACCGAUAUUGAACAGGGAAAUGCAGAUUUGGAAACUUGGAGAUGUAUAAGAGAUAUAACAGUUAAAGAAUUGCAAAAUGUUUAUCAAAGACUUGGUAUAACAUUUGAUCAUUAUGAGUGGGAGUCUGAUUACAAUGGAGGUGCUAUUAAAGAUUUAAUGCAAUUAUUAGAAAAACAUAAAAUUAUAACAACUCAUGAGUCCGGGAAGAAGGUUGCCACAGUAAAUGAUAGAGAAGUAACAGUACUGAAAAGUGACAACUCCACAUUGUAUUUAUCAAGAGAUAUUGCUGCUUUACUAAGUAGAUAUGAAAUAUAUAAAUAUGAUGAAAUGCUGUAUGUUGUUGACAAUGCGCAAACGGAUCAUUUUAAUGUCCUUUUUGAAAUUGUUAAAAAAUUUAACACUGAAUGUGUGACGGGCUGCAGACACAUCAAAUUUGGAAGAAUAAAAGGGAUGAGUACAAGAAAAGGAAAUGUAAUAUUUCUAAAUGAUAUAUUGGAUGAGGCAAAAGCAAAAAUGCAUGAAAAACAAUUGCAAUCAAAAAAUACAAGAUCAUCAGCGAUGAAUGAAGAAACAUGUGAUAUACUAGGCACUACAGCAGUAAUAAUCAAUGAUUUAAAGCAGAAAAGACAGAAAGAUUAUGUAUUUGACUGGGAUAGAGCACUUCAAAGUGAGGGGGACAGUGGUGUAAAGCUCCAAUACCUUCAUUGUAGAUUAUGGAGCUUAGAGAAAAAUUCAGGAGUUGGUCUUCCAGAUUUUUGUGACCCAGGGUACUUAGAAGAAGAAAUUAUUGGUGAAGUGGUUGCAGAGUUAGCAAAAUUUGACAAUAUUUUACACAGAGCCUAUACAGAAAAUGAAGCAUGUAUUCUUGUCAACUAUCUUUUUAGACUAUCUCGUUAUGUUAACAGAAUGUUCAAUGAAGUUAGAGUUAAAGGUGCCAGUAAUGAUGUAGCUUCGCAGAGACUUCUUGUAUUCUUUGCUGUGAGGCAAGUUGUAAAUACUGCUCUUAAAAUAUUGGGAGUGAAACCUCUAAAUGAAAUGUAAAUAAAUAAUAAUUUAUUCCAUGUA